AUGGAGGAUCAAAAAGCAACGGUGGAAACAAUUGUGAAGUUCACUUGGACCAUCAAUAACUUCUCUGAAUUCAACUGCAAGAUGCUCAAAUCUGACACAUUCUUCGCUGGCUCUCAUCCAUGGAGGAUAUUAGUUUUUUAUCCAGAAGGAGAAAAUGACGAGGAUGAAGACGAAUGCAAUUUGGAAAUUUGUUUGGAUGCUGGCCAUUCUGCUAAUCUUCCUGAUUACUGGAACCGAUAUGCAAGUUUAAAGUUGUUUUUGAUUAAUCAGGUUGAUGACAAAAUGACAAUAACAGAUAGUUUGUAUGAGGGUUUCCACAAACACACUGUUGAAUGUGGUUGUAUUUUAUUGGAGAUAUUAAUGGACAUAGACAAAUUUCGUGACUCCAAAAAUGGGUUUCUUGUAAACGACACAUGCAUCAUUGUUGCCGAAGUUUCUCUCAACAACAAUGCCUCAAUUGGUAGAGAGUUAAUAGAUUUCAAGGGUGUAGCAAAAAUUGAAAAAGAUUAUGUUGAAUUGCUAGAGAAAGCAUGUUCAAAGCAUCCUUCACUUAUUGAAGGCCUUCUAAAAAGAAAUAGGAGCCAAAGGUUCAUUGAACUAGGAUUCACAGCUUUAGGAAGAGUACUUCAUUUUCUCAAGACUAAGAAAGUUAAGGAUAUGAUGAAUGAUGAUGCUGCUUGUAAAGAGCUUCAAGAUUUAUGGGAUGAAGUUGAGAUAGUUAGAUUUGAUGAUUUGACAUGGCUUGAGCCUCAUGUUAAAUCUGCACUGCGUAUAAAAGUUUAUAAGGUGAAAGAAGAGAUGGUGACAAAGCUGAAGGGUUCUGUUGUUGAUCUUGAGGAUAGGGUUGAGAGCUUGAAAGCAAAUGUGGCUGCUGCAAAGGAUGAUCUUGAAGGGGCAAAAAUGGAAUUGGCAAUUGCUGAAAAAGGCUUUGUGAAGAAAGAUUUGAAUGACGAAUUAAGUCAUGGAAUACCCUAUCUAUAA